ACCUAAGCUUAUUUGCUUUUUAUUUAUUUGUGUCUACUAACCAUCUUUGUCUCUAUUACGCUCAUCUUUCCACCUCAACCAAAGCUCCACGUUCAAGCAAUCCUCCACACUCCACAAACCCUAACUCGAUUCGAUCUCAACCCCAAUCUCCAUGGAUCCGCUAUCUCAGUAAAGGAGCUUCCAAAUCCGACUUAAACCGGAACCGGAACCGGAAAAUGCCGAGCGUUGGAGUGAAACUCUACAGUGUAUUCUUCAAGUUCCUUUUAAAACACCGUUUACAAAACCGGAUCCAAUCCGAAGAUUCCUCCUCCUCGUCGGAUCCGUUCGGUGUCACGACCCGACCCGAAGAAUCAGUAUCCCCUCCGAAUCCCUUAUUCACCGACGGCGUCGCCACCAAAGACAUCCACAUCGAUCCCUUAACCUCCCUCUCCGUGCGCAUCUUCCUCCCCGAAUCCGCCCUCUCCCCCGCCUCCGGUAGCCACUCCGGCAAGUCUCGAACCUUCAACAGCCUCGCCGGAUCGGAUCUUCUCCUCAGAAGAAACAGCCACGGCUCGUCUAACUCCUUGUCGUCUCACAAGUCGGAAGCUAGAAGAAGCAGUUACGUCUACACCACCUCCACCGCCUCCUCAUCCUCCGGCGAGGAGGUGUACAGAGGGUACGCACCAUCGUCGUCCGGGAAAUGCAGGAAGCUUCCGGUGAUGCUGCAGUUUCACGGCGGCGGGUGGGUGAGUGGGAGCAACGACUCGGUGGCGAAUGAUUUCUUCUGUAGGAGGAUGGCGAAGCAUUGUGAUGUUAUUGUUUUGGCUGUUGGGUAUAGGCUCGCGCCUGAGAAUAGGUACCCCGCGGCGUGUGAGGACGGGUUCAAGGUGUUGCAGUGGUUGGGGAAGCAGGCGAAUCUCGCGGAGUGUAAUAAGUCGAUGGGUGGUUUAAGGAGAGGUGGUGGAGGAGGAGAGGUGAAGAAGUCUGAUGCGAGUAAGCAUGUGGUUGAUGCUUUUGGUGCUUCUUUGGUGGAGCCUUGGCUCGCUUCUCAUGCUGAUCCUUCGAGAUGUGUGCUUCUCGGUGUGAGCUGUGGUGCCAACAUAGCAGACUACGUAUCUCGAAAAGCCAUCGAAGCUGGCCAAAAUCUAGACCCAGUCAAAGUCGUGGCUCAAGUCUUAAUGUACCCGUUCUUCAUCGGCACCGUUCCCACGCAAUCCGAGAUCAAACAAGCAAACUCCUACUUCUACGACAAACCCAUGUGCAUUCUCUCCUGGAAGCUUUUCUUACCAGAAGAAGAGUUCAGUCUGGACCACCCGGCAGCGAACCCGCUCGUUCCGGACCGGGGCCCACCGCUCAAGUUCAUGCCACCGACGCUAACCAUCGUCGCAGAGCAUGACUGGAUGAGAGACAGAGCCAUCGCUUACUCAGAAGAGCUAAGGAAAGUCAACGUAGAUGCUCCUGUGCUGGAGUACAAAGACGCCGUUCACGAGUUUGCAACGCUCGACAUGCUUCUCAGGACUCCACAGGCUCAGGCUUGUGCAGAAGAUAUUGCCAUCUGGGUUAAGAAAUACAUCUCUCUCCGUGGCCACGAGUUCUCUUACUAGGGUUCAUCCGGAAAACUCCAGGAAGCCAAAAAAAAAAA